GCAGCAGAGCGGCUCCUUCCCCCGCCCGUCCGCGCGCCGGGGCCGGGGCUAGGCCCCCCACCGCCGGGUCCCCCGGGGCUGCAGCAGCAGCGGCGCCGCCCGCGGUUCCCGCCGGGGCCCGGGCGCCGGCCCCGCUCUGCAGGAUGGGCACGGUGCUGUCGCUUUCCCCUGCUUCCUCGGCCAAGGGCCGGAGGCCGGGAGGGCUGCCGGAGGAGAAAAAGAAGGCGCCGCCCGCGGGGGACGAGGCGCUGGGGGGCUACGGUGCGCCACCGGCGGGCAAGGGCGGCAAAGGCGAGAGCCGGCUCAAACGGCCGUCCGUGCUCAUCUCGGCGCUCACCUGGAAGCGCCUGGUGGCGGCCUCGGCCAAGAAGAAGAAAGGCAGCAAAAAGGUGACGCCCAAGCCAGCAUCCACUGGUCCCGACCCUUUGGUCCAGCAGCGCAACCGCGAGAACCUUCUGCGCAAGGGCCGCGACGCCCCCGACGGCGGCGGAACCGCCAAGCCCCUGGCCGUGCCUGUGCCCACGGUGCCCGCGGCCGCUGCCACCUGCGAGCCCCCGUCGGGGGGCAGCGCGGCCGCCCCGCCACCAGGCUCAGGCGGGGGAAAGCCGCCGCCGCCGCCACCCCCAGCCCUACAGGCGGCUCCGCCGGCGCCCGGAGGCUCGCCACGGCGGGUCAUCGUGCAGGCGUCCACGGGCGAGCUGCUGCGCUGCCUCGGCGAUUUCGUGUGCCGACGCUGCUACCGCCUCAAGGAGCUGAGCCCCGGCGAGCUGGUGGGCUGGUUCCGCGGCGUGGACCGCUCGCUGUUGCUGCAGGGCUGGCAAGACCAGGCCUUCAUUACGCCCGCCAACCUGGUGUUCGUAUACCUGCUGUGCCGCGAGUCGCUGCGCGGGGACGAGCUGGCGUCGGCCGCCGAACUGCAGGCCGCCUUCCUCACCUGCCUCUACCUCGCCUACUCCUACAUGGGCAACGAGAUCUCUUAUCCGCUCAAGCCCUUCCUCGUGGAGCCCGACAAGGAGCGCUUCUGGCAGCGCUGCCUGCGCCUCAUCCAGCGGCUCAGCCCGCAGAUGCUACGGCUCAACGCCGACCCCCACUUCUUCACGCAAGUCUUUCAAGAUCUCAAGAACGAGGGCGAGGCCGCGGCAGGCACCGGGGGUCCAUCCAGCGGAGGCCCGUCCACCACCUCCUCCUCGACCGCCAGGGACAGCUGCGCGGCCGGAGCCAAGCAUUGGACUAUGAACUUGGACCGCUAGGGAUUCCCAGGGGCCGCGCCCGCCCCCCGCCCCAGCCCCUCACACACACCCGGAACCCCCGGGACCAUCAAGCCUCCGCCGCUAUUAUCGCCGCUCUAUGCCCAGGCUGGGCCGAGGAGGAGCCACCCCUGCCCCGCAGGG